AUGACUAAUAACCCACUUAAUAUUUUGCUUGAGAAAAAUAUCCUUACCGGGCCCAAUUAUGUAGAUUGGCUCAGGAAUUUGAGGAUAAUCCUCAAUUUAGAGCGAAUUGGAUACGUUCUUAAGGCCGAUAUUCCUACCGAACCUCCACCCGAGGCAUGCAAGGAAGAACAAGAUAUUUAUCUAAAAUGGCUCGACGAUGACUUGCGAGUGAGGAGCUAUAUGUUAGCCUCUAUGAGCAGUGAUCUGCAAAGCUCUAAUGAAAAGAUGAGUGAUGCGAGAUCGGUACUGUUGCACUUGCAGGAGCUUUAUGGAGAGCAUAGUCAGACUGCUCAGUAUGAAAUAUCGAGAGAGCUUUUUAGGGCAAAGAUGAGUGAGGGUGGAGAAGUUGGAGAGCAUGUGCUCAAGAUGAUCUCUAUGAUUGAGAGGUUGGAAGCUCUUGAAUUUUCCAUGGACUACAACCUUCAGGUUGAUCUUAUCUUGCAGUCUCUUCCUGACUCCUUCUCUCAGUUUAUUAUUAAUUUUAACAUGAAUGAGAUUGAGUGCACACUGGCUGGUCUUCUUAACAAGCUAGUAAGUACUCAAUCUCAAAUGAAGACUAAAGGGAAGGAUGUUGUUGCUUUGACUAUCUCUACUUCUAGGCCCUCAAAGCCCUAG